AUGAUUUCUACGAGCAUUGGUGAAUCCAUUCCCCCCAACACCAAACAUGCGGUUUCGGUGUGUCUGCCCACUUGGGCUUCAUCGGUAGGCUACGAAGAGGGCGAUCCCGAAAUUAUAGGUAAACUUACAACCGGAUACCCACGGUUUUUCAUCCACAAAUCUAUUCAAAAACUCUGCAACAACUUGGCGGCCAAGUUUGCCAAGGAAAACGAAACUUGUUUGGUUUUCCCCAGUUACCAGGUUGCCAAAAGAUGUCGUGAGUUUGUUAGAACUAAAAGUGAUGGCACAGCUCGUGUAAGAAUCUUGCAACUUGCAACUCCACCACCGGCAGUUGACGAAGAACGGGCUUGGCGUCGCGAAUGCCGCAUUUCUGUCGUUUUUGUCGCCAAGGAUUCAUUUCCCCUGCUUAAACAGUACUGGCAACACACCGGUGAAAUUGUCAGCAGCCGGAUGGCAGAAUAUGUUUUGCAAGAACUUUCGCUGGUAGAAAAACAGGAACAGAAUUACCAAAAACUGCCUGUGGGCGACAAAAUAGUGGCAGACGCCGAAAUUAAGGACGAGGAAGAUUUUAUUGAAAAACGGUUCGGCAGAAAUUUAGAUCUGUCAUCUGCAGAGCAUGCCAAGCUUCUGAUAAAGCGCAGAAUCGCUCGUAAGGUGGUUGACGUUGAUGUAGAGGAUGCGGAAACUUCCCGCAUGCAGGAACUCAGUAUCAACCCUACCAAUAAUACCAAUCCAGCUGCCGCAACGGUCACCUCAACAGACUCUAGUAUCCCUGCAGAGGAAAUCGAGCAAGAGGAGCAUGUUGUGGAGCCCACCCCGUCGGAAGAAGGCAUCCAUGUCAAUGCAGAUCAUGACGUUUUUCUAUUCCCCAGCGGCAUGGCCUCAAUUUUCACGGCUCAUAGACUUCUAUUGUCGUUAGACGCAUGUCGUGUACGCCGCAGAACCGCUUCGCAAAGUGACCGCGCCGACAGUCCGGGAACUUAUUCGCCAGGCGCCUUGAACUCAGAGGUUAUAGGCUACGGAGCGCCUUAUAAAAAGACUGUCAUGUUUGGAUUUCCCUACACCGACACACUCUCGAUUUUGAAAAAGUUCAACCACACACAUUUUCUGGGCGACGGUGACUGCAAGUCUAUGCAACAAUUGAAGGAGAUACUGCAUUCAGGGGAACAAAUCCUUGCCGUUUUUAUGGAGGCACCAUCCAAUCCGUUACUCAAAAUGGGUGAUUUGAUAGAGCUACGAGAAUUGUCGGAUGCAUACGGAUUUUACAUCGUUGUGGAUGAAACUGCUGGAGGAUUUGUAAAUAUCGAUGUUUUGCCCCAUGCAGAUAUGGUAUGCUCCUCCUUGACUAAAAUCUUCAGUGGGGACUCCAACGUAAUGGCGGGUUCACUGGUGCUCAAUCCACGUUCCCGGCUUUAUAGCUUUGCCCAGCAAUUCUUCCAAAGCGGAGACUUCGAGGAUUUGCUCUGGUGCGAAGAUAUCAUUUACCUGGAACGCAAUUCUCGAGAUUUCGUGUCUAGAACCUUGACGGUCAACAACAACACCAAGCAAUUGCUGGAUGACGUGUUAAUUCCCCAGGUGGGCAAGCUGUUCAAAAAGAUAUUUUACCCCAGUCUCACAUCCCCAGAGACAACCAAGAACUACGACGCUGUGAAGUGCGCUAAAGGUGGCUACGGCGGUUUGUUUUCCCUAACGUUCCACUCAGAGAGUCAGGCACACGCGUUUUUCGAUGCCUUACAACUGUGCAAGGGUCCAUCCCUCGGGACAAACUUCACGCUGGCGUGUCCAUACGCCAUUCUAGCGCACUAUACAGAGCUUGACGAAGUGGCCAAAUACGGUGUUGAGCGAAAUCUCGUUCGUGUCAGUGUUGGUCUCGAGAGCCCAGAGGCUUUGAAGGAAACUUUCAGACAUGCUGUUGCGGAGGCUGAGAGUGUCAAAUGA